CACGACGCUAACCCGAAAGCAGCAUAAAUGAACCCGCUAUAGUUAUAUAAAGCAAUUCUGAGCGCAGAGUACAUUGCCAAAAGAAUUUAUACGUAGGGUGGUGGUAACGAAAGAGGAAACGUUGAAUAUAUGAUAACGGAAUUGGUGCAGGAAGUGAAUUGGAGAAUGUGUUUAUAAUUAUAAUAUAUAUUUUUGUUCGACGCUUAUUCAGGCCUUUCGUGCUCAGCAAGACCGUACUAGCGUCCACGCACAUCUAAAGACUCAUACAAAUUGCACUAAUAUAAUCACACUAAACAGCUAUAUAUGAUGAUAACUCCAUUGGAUAUUUUAUCUAUUGAGUCGUGGAUCCUAAUUGCAAGCGUGAUAUUACUCAUCAGGUAUUAUUUGAACCAGAAAUGGAGGUAUUUUGAAAAGCUCGGCAUUCCUUACAAUCCACCGUCUGUACUAAAGCUCGGAAAUAUACUUUCCGCCUUCGAUAAAGAUAAUGCGUUCGAAUAUGACAAUCAAUGUAAGAAGAAAUAUGGAAAUAUCUGGGGGGCAUUCAUAGGAGUAACCCCCAGAAUAGCAGUUCACGAUCCUGAUAUUUUGAGACAAAUUUUUAUCAAAGAAUUUCAAACAUUCCCAGACAGACAGAAAAGUUUAAUCAAGGUAAAUGGAAAAGAGCUGAAUACUGGCCUAACUGCCGUACAGGGGAAUCAAUGGAAGCGGAUAAGAAAUACCAUGACACCAACGUUUUCUACUUCCAAACUGAAGCAAAUGUGUGGUAUAAUCGACUGGUGUGCCGGCAAUACUGUUGAUGCACUCAAUAGAAAAAUUGAAAAUAACGGGGGGGUAUUUAAUUCAAAAGAAAUAUUUUCCCGUCUUUCAUUGGAUAUAGUGUGCUCAGCAGCAUUCAGUACCAAAGUUCACUCGCAGGAUGACAGAGUAGAAGAGCCAGAAAUUUCCAAAAAUGCCAAAAAGUUGUUUAGCGGAUCAAUACUCAGUCCUCUUAUCAUAGUGUUCCUUAUCUUUCCAUCUCUUGAAAAAUAUUUUGCAAAAUUCAACUUCUCAUUGAUGAACGGUCAUGGAAUAAACUACUUUAAAAAAUUGGCAACACACGUAAUAAAUCAACGACAAGAAGAUCCACAUAGACACGACCGGGUAGAUCUCAUGCAAUUGAUGUUAGAUGCUGAAGUAUCUGAGAGAAAAUCAAAGAAGGCGCUGAGAAAGGAAUGACAAAAACAGAAAUCAUUGGUAAUUCAAUGUUAAUGAUUUUGGCUGGUUACGAAAACACUGGGAAUACAAUGAGCUGGACAGCUUAUAAUUUAGCUCAACACCCGGAAAUACAGGUCAAAGUUCAAGAGGAAAUCGA